GUUGUCAGCAGCCAAGAGCUAACGUGAAGAGGCGCCCGAAGCAGCGACCCGCAGGGCAGGAAGGUGGCGGGCGCUGGUGCAGGAAGUCAAGAGUGGUGGCCAAACGACUGAGAGAAGGCACAGGAGGCUCUGUACGGGAGCACCUCUUCUCGGCUCCCCAGUGGCGACUCCCAGAACACGGGAGCCCUAGCAAAAUGCCAAGCACAGACUUUGUAGAGGAGAUUCGCUCGGUGGGAGACCGGCUGCUUCUGAAGCUGCAAGGACUGCCCAAGGCUGAUCCCGUGGAGCUUGUGGCUUUCUCCAUCAUCGUUCUUUUCACAGCUACUGUCCUGCUGUUGCUGCUGUUAAUCUGCAGCUGCUGCUGCACUCACUGCUGCUCUAGGAGGAGAGAACGGAAGAGCCGAAUGUGGCCCAGAAGACGCAGAUGAAGGACCACAGCGAGAUGCCCGAAGAAAAGCUGGACAGGGACCCUCCAGGACUGUGACACAGGCUCUCAUCCCAGCCACUUUCCUCCCCAGACAAAGAUUCCCUGGCCCCAGUUCUGGCUUUGCCCAGGUGAUGGGGUGGUCAUCUGGACCCUCAUCAAGGAAACAAAGUUGCUCAGUCUGCCAUGGACACAGUGCUUAGGAAGACCUGAAUGUGUUGCCCUCAGAAGACCACCUGGGUCUUCUGCUAAGCUGUACUUUUUCGGGGCCCCAUACUUUAAUAGGGAGCAGCUCAUACCUGUGAGGAGCUGCCCCUUGCGGCUCUGCUGACAUGCCAAAGAGAAGUGAACUCAUCAGGGACUUUGUGCAAUUUACUAGACUCCAAACCUCCUGCUGAGGGGGAGGGGGAACAUGUCAGUAUUCUAGUUGAAAUUUGUCUGUUUA